GGCUACGCAAACCCUCAGCAGAAGGCUGCAGGCAUUCACACACGCCUGUACAGUCGAGCCUUCAUCAUCGAUGAUGGGGGGCGGAGACUUGUGUUCGUCACCGCAGACGUGGGAAUGAUAUCACAGAGACUUCGGCUGGAGGUGCUGCAGGCGUUGCACCUGAAGUUCGGGGACGUGUAUCGUCAGGAGAACGUGGUUCUCAGUGGAACUCACACUCACUGUGGACUGGGCGGAUUCUUCCAGUACACGCUGCUUAUGAUCAGCAGCAGCGGUUACAUCAGAGAGUCCAUCAAACCACUAGUGGACGGUAUCGUCAGGAGCGUCGACAUCGCUCAUCGUAACCUGAAACCAGGAAGAAUUUUCAGGAACACAGGAAACAUCGACGACAGCAGCGUCAACAGAAGUCCUCACUCUUACAUGAGAAACCCACAGGACGAGAGACACCGGUACACAGAGAGAAGGGGGGCAUUUUUGUUAAAUCUGUUUUUCUUCUCAUAAAACCACACCAAACCUCAUA